GCAGGGACUUGGGGCUCACUCGGGACGUUUCCCAAGAACGGAUCAGCUUGGGGACCAGAUUUUCAGAACGGAAGAGGAGCAGGUUGCAGACAUGAGUGACGAAUCAAACGGGAAUCCCAUUGAAGAUAGCCUGGUUCAGCUGAGAUGCCACUUCACCUGGGAGCUGCUAGUUGAAGACACUGAGAUGCCCGAUUUAGAGAACAGGAUCUUGGAUGAGAUUGAGUUCCUAGACACCAAAUACAACGCGGGCAUACACAACCUGCUGGCCUACGUCCGACACCUGAAAGGCCAGACUCGGGAGGCCCUGGGGAGCCUGAAGGAAGCCGAAGACCUGAUCCAGCAGGAACACGGCGACCGAUCGGCUGUGAGAAGCCUGGUCACCUGGGGCAACUACGCCUGGCUGUAUCACCACACGGGCAGGCUGGCGGAGGCCCAGACUUACCUGGACAGGGUGGCGAACACUUGUGAGAAGUUUGCAGCCCCCUCCUGCUACAGGCUGGACUGUCCUCAGAUGGACUGUGAGGAAGGGUGGGCCUUGCUGAAGUGUGGAGGAAAGAACUACGAGCGGGCCAAGGCCUGCUUCGAAAAGGCUCUGGCAGCGGAGCCUGAGAACCCUGAAUUCAGCACUGGGUAUGCAAUCACCAUCUAUCGCCUGGACGGCUUCAACAAAGCGACCCAGGUCAGCGACGCAUUUUGUCUGCAGCCUCUAAAAGAGGCCAUCGGGCUAAACCCAGAAGACGCGUAUAUCAAGGCUCUGCUCGCCCUGAAGCUUCAGGACGUGGGCCAAGAAGCCGAAGGAGAAAAGUACGUCGAAGAGGCACUGACCAACAUGUCCUCGCAGGCCUACGUCUUUCGAUACGCGGCCAAGUUUUACCGCAGGAAAGGCGCUCUGGAUAAAGCUCUUCAGCUCUUAAAGAGGGCCCUGCGGGCCACGCCCUCCUCCGCUUUCCUGCAUCACCAGAUGGGGCUUUGUUACAAGGCACGCAUGAUCCAAAUCAAGAGAGCGGCAAACUGGCAGCCCAGAGGACAGGAUAGAGACAAUGUCCACAGAUUGGUUCACUUGGCUAUAUGUGAAAUUCAAAAGACUCUGAUGCUAAGGCCCACAUUUGAGUUGGCUUAUGUUGAACUGGCUUACAUGUAUGCAGAAAUAGGCCAACACACAAAGGCUGAGGACGCCUUUCAGAAAGUGUUGCACAUGAAGAACAUCAACGAUCAUCUGCAACAAGAGAUUCAUUACUGCUAUGGCCAUUUCCAAGAACUUCACAAGAUAUCUGUGGAUAAAGCAAUCACCCAUUAUUUAAAAGGUCUCAAAAUAAGAAGGAUCUCCCGCACCAGGGAAAAAAUUCUCAGCGCCCUAGAGAAGUUAGCUAAAAGACAUAUUCAUCAGAAUGUACGUGUGGUGGAAAGUUUCAGCAUCCUUGGGCUCAUCCACAAAUUGAAAGGGGAAGUGAGUGAGGCCCUGGUGUGUUAUGAGAAGGCUCUCAGGCUGGCUGCUGACUCCAACGCCAUGGUCUGAAACAGAGGUCACCAUUACUUGUUAAUGUCAUAACUAAGUAUAGCCAACACCUUCCUGAUCGCUGCUUUCAGGAACAUGUGACAUGCUGAAAUACAAGAGUUGAUACAA